AUGCUGCAAAGUCGACAUCCGCUCCCACCAAUUGCAAUUGAUUUCGGCAACUCUUUUUGCCGAGUCGCCAUAUUUCGGUCCACCGACUCCCAAGUCGAAGUCUUAUCGGACCUGCACGACUGCGAGGGAUACUGCAACCGUGUCCAUAGUCACGUCGCUUUUGCCAGAAAUUCGCGACUGGUCGGUCUCAGUGCUCGCGUCGAGGCUGCUCGACGUCCCAAACACUGUGUCUUUUGGACAAAGCGCCUUCUUGGCAGACAGCCCUCCGAGGUAACCCAACUUAUCUCCGACCUCUGUUGUCCAGUUUCCGUCACCCCUGACGACCUAUUACAACUGCUCGAAAUGCGCUACUACCCCGAGGAAAUAGCAGCUAUGCUGAUGAGCAAAUUGAGAGACUUGGCUGAAGAACGGAUGCACUGUCGCGUGGAUGCUGCCGUUAUCACUGUUCCCGCGUGCUUCAACGACGCUCAGCGUGAGGCCACCAGGGAUGCUGCAGAAAUCGCCGGUUUCAACCAGGUCCACCUGCUCAACGAGACUACAGCUCUGGCCAUCGCCUAUGCCUCCAGCAGUUCCUCUCUUGUGCCAGGCCCCCCGCGGCACGUGCUCUUCUACGACCUAGGUGGGAGCCACGUUGACGCCUCAGUUGUGAGGAUCACGGGGAGUGAGUGUCGAGUUCUCGGCACUGCUGGCAAUUCUACUUUGGGUGGCGAUGAUUUUGACCGCCGUAUCGCCUCCAGAUUGGCAGACGAUUUUGCCAGGGACAAGGACAGAAAUCUGUCCAAGGAGAAGCUCGCCUUCCAUCGUCUGCGGUUUGCGUGCGAACGAGCCAAACGCAGCCUCAGCACCCAGUUGCAGACCACUAUCGAAGUGAGACAACUUCUGCCCCACGUAAAUUACUCCACAGUCCUCACACAGGUGGAAUUUCAAGACAUGUGUUCUGAUCUUCUCGAAGCCGCUGUGGAACCCGUCAGACGGGCUUUACAGACAGCCAGGCUUUCUGCAGACCAAAUCGAUGACGUGGUGCUCGUUGGUGGGUCAUGCAGAAUGCCCAAAAUUCAGUCUCUCCUACGUGACUUCUUCCAUCAAAAGCAGCUCAACAAAAGCCUCCAUAGUGAGGAGGCUAUUGUUGUUGGUGCAGCACUCUAUGCCGCCCACACUGCUGGUUUGACCAGCGCUUUACUCAAAGUGCAUGAUGUUCUCACACACGCUAUCGCCAUAGAACAGUCCGACGAGAUCAGUCAUGGCCUCAUUCCACCUAACACACCGGUUCCUUGUGUCGUGCCUGUGACGCUCAGGACUCGCCCGGGUGCCAAAAAAGCACAACUCACCAUCAGGCUCUACGAGGGCGAACAUGCGCUGGUCUCACAUAACAGAUUCUUGGGCUCCAUCGACGUGCAAGACUGCAGCCCGCACUUCAGCGUUAGCGGAGGUGGUGAGGUGGGUGGUUACGAGACCGAAGUGGAAUUCGUGGUGAACGUGGAUGGCAUUCUCGCCGCCAGACAUCCCCCCGCAACCUCAGUCAAACCGUUAACACUAACGAAGACAGGUCUGUCACCAGAAGCCAAACACCUGGCGAAGGAGCGAUUCGUGAGAGCGACAGAGAGUGGUGCAGUUACUACGCAGCACCUCAAGGAGCGCCGUCGACACCUUGAGAAGCUAAUCUACGCAAUGCGGUUAGCCAUCUCGCCGUCUGAGUUGAAGCACGCGCAAUCCGACAAUGACUACGUGCGCAGGAGUUGCGUGGCCUUUUUUGCAUGGCUCUCCAAACACCCUAGAGCCACCCUCCCCGACGUCGAGGAGAAGAUCAAAGAGGUCAUGGAGAAACACCGACUCCUCCUCCAUGGUGAAAACCUUCGACAAAUCUGGUCACCUUCCCUUGCUCAGUCAUUUGAGCUAACUCAGGUAAUUUCAUUUGACACAUGUGUCCAGACAAUGAAUGUACCGGUGGCCAUUGACUUGGGCAACAACUUCUGCCGUGCCGCCAUCUACCGUCCACUUGACGCACGUGUCCAGGUGAUCGCUGACUUGGAUGGUUGUGGUGGUGGAUGUCAUUCCAUACACAGCUAUGUAGCCUUCUUCAAUCGUGCUCGACUCGUGGGUCUAGCUGCACGAAUGGAGGCCAUGCGACAUCCAGAUCGUGCCAUCGUCAGCAUUAAGAGUCUCCUAGGUCGACGUCAUUCAGAGAUCGUGGGCAAGAUUAACCAACUCUCUUUCAGAGUCACUACAAAUGACAGCAACCAAAUCAUUCUUGCUGGCAAGUACCGUCCAGAGGAAAUAGCCGCCGUCCUCAUUCACAAGAUGCGUGAGCUCACAGAGCAGACAGUCAAACACGCCAUCCACAAGGUUGUCAUUACCGUUCCUCCUUGCUUCAAUGAUGCUCAACGACAGGCCGUAGUGGAUGCUGGUGAAAUUGCAGGUCUGCGUGUGGUGGGUUUGCUCAAUGAGACUACAGCUGCUGCGAUAGCGUAUGCAGCUGAGACGACUGAUGAGCCGAAAAACAUACUCAUUUAUGACCUUGGAGGUGGGCAUGUGUCGGUUGCUGUUGCUAGGGUGAGGAAGAACGACGUGGAAAUCCUUGGCACGGCAGGCAACCUCGACGUGGGUGGCAAAGAAUUUACUCGACGACUGACAACUACUGUCGCCAAACGCAUCCUCAAGAAUGACGGCGUAGAUCUGGCCUCAGACAAGAAAGCGUUCGGACGACUUAUGCAUGUAUGCGAUCGUGUCAAACGAGAGCUAAGUGUAUCCCUGGAAUAUCAAGUUGAAUUUACUAAGCUGCUUCGCAAUUCCCAUUUCAGUGCUGUUGUCACGGUCACGGAAUUCGAAGAGAUGUGUGCCGAUCUGUUCACCAAAGCUAUGGAACCCAUUGACGAAGCCCUCCGUACAGCCAAGUUAACCAGAGACGCCGUCGACGAUGUGGUCAUUCUAGGUGGCUCCACACGAAUGCGGAAGGUUAUUGUCCUCAUCAGCGAAAUGUUCAGCAAAAAGCAAAUAAACAAGUCUUUUCAUUGUGAGGAGACAGUGGUCCAUGGCGCGGCCCUGUACGCGGCCCAUCUUGCCGGCAAGAAUUCCACAUUGAUGAGGGUCAAUGACGUGAUCAAUCGCACCAUUGGAGUCGAGCUGCCAGAUUCGAUUUUGUCCCCCUUGAUACUCAGGAAUACGCCAAUUCCAUGUGUUUCUAGGCAUGCGUUUUCAACGAGUUCACAUGGACAGAAAUUUCAACUUUCCUUGCAGCUUUACGAAGGCGAUUGUGCACAGCCACCUCUAAACAAUUAUCUAGGGUCCAUUGAUAUCUUGGAUCAGCGUCCAGUCACUGGUGAUGUUCAAGACGUCAGCGUUGAUUUUAAGGUUGACAGAAGUGGAAUAGUAAAGGCCUGGUUGGUAAAUGAAACGCGAUCUGACGCGUACAAGCAACUGUUCAUAAAAAAAACGGGUCUCUCACCAGAAACGAAGUGCUGGGUGUGCAGGGACUUCUCAAGGUCACUGUCAGGCGAUGUGAUGGUGCAACAACUCAUGGAAAAACGGCGUUACCUCGAAUCCUUUGCGUACAUGAUUCAAGCUUCAGUACACACCUCAGAACUGGAACUAAAGGAGGGCGACAUUGAAUACCUUGACCGCGAGAGCACAACGAUUUUGAAAUGA